AUGGGGGCCGUAACGAUGCACGAAGAUUUGGGUGCAUCCAUUGCAGAAGAGUCUAACUAUGCUGCAUAUGCUGCUGCUGCUGUAAAUGCCACCUGGUUCAACUCGUACCAUGCGUAUGCAGAUCAUCUUCAAUGGCUAAAAGACCUGCAAGCGGCAUAUCCUUCCAACUCUGAAGUCGUUACGUCUGGAAAAUCCUUGAACGGGAACGCCAUCACCGGUAUUCACAUCUAUGGAAGCUCCGGGAAAGGUGUCAAGCCAGCUAUCGUGUUUCACGGAACCGUACACGCUCGAGAAUGGAUUGGAACUAUGGUCGUUGAGUAUUUUGCUUAUAACCUCCUAACAAAUUAUGCAUCGUCAACCGAGAUCAAAGGAUUUGUGGAUAAAUACGACUUUUAUAUAUUUCCAGUGGUGAAUCCAGAUGGGUUCCUCUAUACGCAGACCACAGAUCGUAUGUGGCGCAAAAAUAGGCAGAGCACUUCCGGUAGCACUUGCAUUGGUCACGACAUCAAUCGCAAUUGGCCGUACAUGUGGUCUGUCUCGGGAGGGGCAUCUACCAACCCGUGUGCUGAAGACUUUAAAGGAACAUCUCAGGGAGAUGCACCAGAGACCCAGGCUCUCUCCUCUUAUCUUCAAAGCAUCAAAACUGCGCAAGGCCUCAAACUGUACAUCGACUACCACUCAUACUCACAGCUGUUCAUGACUCCUUAUGGAUAUUCUUGCACAGCAGUGGCAGCGAAGAACACUGAGCUUCAAGCGCUUGCUAAAGGAGCAGUCGCAGCUAUCAAAGCUGUUCAUGGUACCUCUUUCAAAUAUGGGCCCAUUUGCUCCACAAUCUAUCAGGCAACUGGAAGUAGCGUUGACUAUGUUAAUGAUGUGGUCAAGGCUGAUUAUACGUUUACAUCCGAGCUACGCGACACCGGAAACUAUGGAUUUGUUCUUCCGGCUUCGCAGAUUGUUCCCAGCGGAGAGGAAGCUUAUGCGGGCGUGAGGUAUCUGCUCCUCAACAUGGUCUAA